AUGAUUCUCUCUCUUUUUUUUACUCUCUCUCUUUCUUCUUUUCUUUCCAUCAUUCUCCCUCUCUUUUUUACUUCUCUUUCCAUCAUUCUCCUCUUUCCAUCUUUCCAUGAUUCUCUCUCUUUUUCUUUUUACCUCUCUUUUCUUCUUUUUUCCAUCAUUCUCCCUCUUUACUUUACCCUCUCUUUCCAUGAUUCUCUCUCUUUUUCAUUACUCUCUCUCUUUCUUCUUUCUUUCCAUCAUUCUCCAUCUUUUACUUUACCCUCUCUUUCCAUGAUUCUCUCUCUUUUUCUUUACUCCUUCUCUUUCUUCUUUUUUCCAUCAUUCUCCCUCUUUUACUUUACUCUCUCUUUCCAUGAUUCUCUCUCUUUUUCUUUACUCUCUCUUUCUUCUUUCUUUCCAUCAUUCUCCCUCUUUUACUUUACUCUCUCUUUCCAUGAUUCUCUCUCUUUUUCUUUACUCUCUCUUUCUUCUUUCUUUCCAUCAUUCUCCCUCUUUUACUUUACUCUCUCUUUCCAUGAUUCUCUCUCUUUUUCUUUACUCUCUCUUUCUUCUUUCUUUCCAUCAUUCUCCCUCUUUUACUUUACCCUCUCUUUCCAUGAUUCUCUCUUUUUUUUUUUUACUUCUCUCACUUUCUUCUUUCUUUCCAUGAUUCUCCCUCUUUUUACUUUUAUCUCUUUCCAUGAUUCUCUCUCUUUUUUUACUCUCUCUCUUUCUUCUUUCUUUCCAUCAUUCUCCCUUUUUACUUUACCUCUCUUUCCAUGA